CCAGCUGUGGUCAUUCCUGACGGGGUGCUGGACAAGGCAGGCCUGGGCGACGAUUUGGGCAGCGAGGAGGACCUAUACGAGGAGUUCCGUGGCUCUGGCCAUCGCUUCGGCCACUCGGGCGGAGGAGGGGAGCAGCUGGCCAUUAACGAGCUGAUCAGCGAUGGCAGCGUCUGCGCCGAGGCGCUCUGGGACCAUGUCACCAUGGACGACCAGGAGCUGGGCUUCAAGGCUGGCGACGUCAUCGAAGUAGUGGACGCCACCAACAAGGAGUGGUGGUGGGGGCGGAUCCAGGACAGUGAAGGGUGGUUCCCGGCCAGCUUUGUGCGGUUACGGGUGAACCAGGAUGAGCCCCUGGAGGAGUACCUAGCCAAGCUGGAGGACUCUCGCGAGGAGGACAGCGCCACCAUGGGGAGGCUGCUGGGGCCCGGCCUGCCCUGCAAGGAGCAGAUGAGGGCCAACGUCAUCAACGAGAUCAUGAGCACCGAGAGGGACUACAUCAAACACCUGAAGGACAUCUGCGAGGGCUACAUCAAGCAGUGCCGGAAGAGAACCGACAUGUUCACUGAGGAGCAGCUCCGCACCAUAUUCGGUAACAUAGAGGACAUCUACCGCUUCCAGAAGAAGUUCCUCAAGGCCCUGGAGAAGAAGUUCAACAAGGAGCAGCCCCAUGUCAGCGAAAUUGGCUCCUGCUUCCUAGAGCAUCAAACAGACUUCCAGAUCUAUUCGGAGUACUGCAACAACCACCCCAACGCCUGCCUCCAGCUCUGCAAGCUCACCAAGCUCAACAAGUACGUGCUGUUCUUCGAGGCGUGCCGCCUGCUGCAGAAGAUGAUCGACAUCUCGCUGGACGGCUUCCUGCUCACCCCCGUGCAGAAGAUCUGCAAGUACCCGCUGCAGCUGGCCGAGCUGCUCAAGUACACCAACCCCCAGCACAGGGACUACAGGGACGUGGAGGCGGCCCUUAACGCCAUGAAGAACGUCGCCCGGCUCAUCAACGAGAGGAAGCGGCGGCUGGAGAACAUAGACAAGAUCGCCCAGUGGCAGAGCUCCAUCGAGGACUGGGAGGGAGAGGACGUCCUCAGCAGGAGCUCGGACCUCAUCUUCUCGGGCGAGCUGACCAAGAUCUCCCAGCCCCAGGCCAAGAGCCAGCAGCGCAUGUUCUUCCUCUUCGACCACCAGAUGGUCUACUGCAAGAAGGACCUGCUGCGUCGGGACAUGCUCUACUACAAGGGCCGCAUGGACAUGGACCACGUAGAGGUGCUGGACGUGGAGGACGGCAAGGACAAGGACCUGAACGUGAGCGUGAAAAACGCGCUCAAGCUGCGGUCGCCGGGCGGCGAGGAGGUCCACCUGCUCUGCGCCAAGAAGCCCGAGCACAAGCAGCGCUGGCUGCGCGCCUUCGGCGACGAGCGUGGGCAGGUGCAGCACGACCGCGAGACAGGCUUUGCCAUCACAGAGGUCCAGAAGAAGCAGGCCAUGCUGAAUGCGAGCAAAAGCCAUCCAGCGGGGAAGCCUAAAGCACCGUCCCCCGGGCACGCCUCAGGCUUUCGCCGCCUGUUGGCCCUCAGCACCCCCUCUCUCCUCCACCCCCGCCCCUCCCCGCUCCCCCGGGCUCCGGACGUCCCCUCGUCCCGGCCGCUGCGCCCCAUCACUGCUCCGGCGGUCCUGCGCAGGGCACUGUCCUGGGUGUCCUCUCAGGGUCGUGACCUCUUCCGUUAGAUCACGGCUGUGACCAGGCCCUACUACGACUUCCUUCUGCGUCAGAAGCACCCAGCGCUGCCCUCAGCCCUGUCCCCGG